GCCGGGGCGGAGGAGGGGGAUGGCAGGUGAGCGGGGGUGGCAGCAGGUGCUGGACUUGCUCCAAAGCUGGGGGUGAGGGGAAGCUGGAGGAGGGGCGGUGGGUGGAGUUGGGGUGUUUCACCAAGGUUACCUUCUGCAAGCGGCACAGAGGCCGCGGCUGGGGUGAUAGAAAUGUUCUGCAUCUCGAUUGCGGGGGCGGGGGGUAGUUACGAGGGUGUAUGCAAUUGUCAAAACGUAUCAAGCUGCAUCCUUAAGGUCUGUGCAUCUAUUCUAUGUAAAUAUACCUACAAAACAAAAAACGGGUUUCUGGGAGGAAGACGCCAGUAGGGGGAGUGCGAGAUCUGUAGCUCAAGGAGAGGUUUGUGUUUGAGUUUUGAAAGUGAAAGGCAAGUUUCUGAAAGCAUCCCGAACCGGGAAAUAAAGAUGAAGUUGCUUUUUUACAUUUUGGGUCCUCCUGGUUGUGCCUCCCUCCCCCACCUUCUGGAUCCUCCUUGCACCCACAGAGCCAGAGAGAAUAUUUCCUGAACAUUCCAUAUGCCGUGCUCUGAGUAUGACCUCGUUUAGUCCGCACAGCAAUCCAGUCGUGUCAACUAGAUCCCAUGGUUCUCCCCACUUCUUACCAAAGGACUCAGAGAGGAAAUUACAAGUCCAGAAUCACAGCCAGUAGGGGGCCAACCUUGGGCUCAAGCCCGGCAGGUCUUAUUCCUUCGAUCCAUAUAACCCCCUCCUUCUUAUUUCAUUUAUUCUUAUUUAUCCCCCAGUCAGUCUCCUCCCCUACAUGGGCAGUCAUUCUCAUAUGCAUCAUCUUUUGUUUGCAGGUGUUUAAAAUGUAUCAUUUUCUUCAUGUGCAGAUUGUUUUACUUCUUACUUUUUUCACCCAGCAUUGUGUUUUUAAGAUCCACCCACAGGAAUUCCCUGUUGGUCUGGUGGUUAGGACUCGGCGCUUUCACUGCCGAGGGCGAGGGUUCAAUCCCUGGUUGGGAAACUAAGAUUCCACAAGCUGCAUGGCACUGCCAAAAGAAAAAAAGUCACCCACGAUGCUCUGUACACACCUACUUUCCCAUCAGAUCAGAUCGGGGGCCAGAAAGGUCCAGUCCUCUCUGCGUGGGCUCCCUCUGGUCACACAGCCCGGCAGCUGCCCCUUCCUUACCCCCCGGGAUGACGCGCCACGGCAAGAACUGCACGGCGGGGGCCGUCUACACCUACCAUGAGAAAAAGAAGGACACAGCGGCCUCAGGCUACGGCACCCAGAACAUUCGACUGAGCCGGGAUGCCGUCAAGGACUUCGAUUGCUGCUGCCUCUCUCUGCAGCCCUGCCACGACCCUGUUGUUACCCCCGAUGGCUACCUGUAUGAGCGGGAGGCAAUCCUAGAGUACAUUUUGCACCAGAAGAAGGAGAUCGCCCGGCAGAUGAAGGCCUACGAGAAGCAGCGGGGCGCCCGGCGUGAGGAGAAGAAGGGGCUGCAGCAGGCGGCCGCGCAGGACCAGGUGCGGGGCUUCCUGGAGAAGGAGGCGGCCAUCGUGAGCCGGCCCCUCAACCCCUUCACGCCCAAGGCCGCCUCCGGGAACUGCCCAGAUGAUGCCCGGCCCGGGUCCAGUGCGGGCCCCACAGGCAAGGACAAGGACAAAGCGCUGCCCAGCUUCUGGAUCCCGUCGCUGACCCCCGAGGCCAAGGCCACCAAGCUGGAGAAGCCGUCGCGCAUCGUGACCUGCCCCAUGUCCGGGAAGCCGCUGCGCAUGUCCGACCUGACGCCCGUGCGCUUCACGCCGCUCGACAGCUCCGUGGACCGCGUGGGGCUCAUCACGCGCAGCGAGCGCUACGUGUGCGCCGUGACCCGCGACAGCCUGAGCAACGCCACGCCGUGCGCCGUCCUGCGGCCCUCUGGGGCCGUGGUCACCGUGGAGUGCGUGGAGAAGCUGAUUCGCAAGGACAUGGUGGACCCCGUGACCGGAGAGAAGCUCACGGACCGCGACAUCAUCGUGCUGCAGCGGGGCGGCACGGGUUUCGCGGGCUCCGGAGUGAAGCUGCAGGCCGAGAAGUCCCGGCCGGUGAUGCAGGCCUGAGCGCGCGGGAAACCAAAUAAAUGGGCUUGUUGGACGCGACAGGCCGUGUGGCGCCUUCAUUCACCGCGCCGGAGCCCGGUGACGGCGUGCGCUCAGGAAAGCGUGGGCUAAGAAUAUUUGAUGUGGUCUCACGUUGAGAGUAAUAUCUGAAUCGAAUGCAAACGCAUAGCUUUAAAUGGGUUGAGUGGCCAGAAGUCGGAGUCUGGGCCGCGACCACAGGAGGGCGCCACUUUAACGGACUAUAGAAAUCCCCACACUUUCUUUUGAGUUAAAACAAAUUUGAAGCCCAGGAGGCGACCCAGAGCGCGUCUCCCUUUGUAAAGUUUGAUAAGACACGCAAAGGAAAUGAAGUGCUGUGUGUGACUGAGAAAGCGAACCGCCAGCACCCUGUCUAGAGAAGACGGUCAGGAACACUCCCUCCCCCCCACCUGGAGGCUGGAGGGUGAAGAGAAAGAGGAAACCGCAAGUGCAAAGUCCCAGAGGCAGCACUUGGCAGGUGUGAAGAGGGGGAGGAGUUCAGAGCAACCAGGCCUAGUGGACCUGCCCGGAGCUCAGACUUGACUAGGAGGGCAGGGGUGGCCUUUAAAGCUAUGUUUUUAAUAACCAUUGAAUCACAAAAGCAGACCCUGUGCAGUGUCGAGAACCAGAGCAUACAGUCAAGCAAAGAUUGCAAAAAUAAAGUCUUAAAAGUCCUGACUCUC